ACCUGAUCCUGAUUUUAGCUUCAUCAUGCCUGAUCCAGGACCCAAAUCCGCGCCGAAGAAAGGCUCAAAGAAAGCUGUCUCCAAGACCGCAGUCAAGGGCGGCAAGAAGCGCCGCAAGACCAGGAAGGAAAGCUAUGCCAUCUACGUGUACAAGGUGCUGAAGCAGGUCCACCCCGACACCGGCAUCUCCUCCAAAGCGAUGGGGAUCAUGAACUCCUUCGUCAACGACAUCUUCGAGCGUAUCGCCGGUGAGGCCUCUCGCCUGGCUCACUACAACAAGCGCUCCACCAUCACCUCCAGGGAGAUCCAGACCGCCGUCCGCCUGCUGCUCCCCGGGGAGUUGGCAAAGCACGCCGUGUCUGAGGGCACCAAGGCGGUGACCAAGUACACCAGCUCCAAGUAAACUGACAAUUUACAACCAAUCCAACGGUCCUUUUAAGGACCACCCAAU